UCCCACACCCACCAAUUCAUUGAGUCUAGUAGGGUCUUGUCAGGGCCUCCUUGCGAGUGUGGAUUUAUACUUCCCUCCCCUUUGAGAGAGGGGGCUAGGGAUAGAAAGACUCUCAUCUCUCAGCCUGCUUGAAUGGGGGGACUGGUAUCUCUUCUUCAGGGUGAGGUGGCUUUGACCCCAGCUUGCCCCGCCAGCACAACCGAGGAGGUGGCUGGACGGCUGGAGAAUGAACGGAGAAGCCGAUUGCCCCACAGACCUGGAAAUGGCCGCCCCCAAAGGCCAAGACCGCUGGUCCCAGGAAGACAUGCUGACUUUGCUGGAAUGUAUGAAGAACAACCUUCCAUCCAAUGACAGCUCUAAGUUCAAAACCACUGAGUCACACAUGGACUGGGAAAAAGUAGCGUUUAAAGAUUUCUCUGGAGACAUGUGCAAGCUCAAAUGGGUAGAGAUUUCUAAUGAGGUGAGGAAGUUCCGCACAUUGACAGAAUUGAUCCUCGAUGCUCAGGAACAUGUUAAAAAUCCUUACAAAGGCAAAAAACUCAAGAAACACCCAGACUUCCCAAAGAAGCCCCUGACCCCUUAUUUUCGUUUCUUCAUGGAGAAGCGGGCUAAGUAUGCGAAACUCCACCCUGAGAUGAGCAACCUGGACCUGACCAAGAUUCUGUCCAAGAAAUACAAGGAGCUUCCUGAGAAGAAGAAGAUGAAAUAUAUUCAGGACUUCCAGAGGGAGAAACAGGAGUUCGAGCGAAACCUGGCCCGAUUCAGGGAGGAUCACCCCGACCUAAUCCAGAAUGCCAAGAAGUCGGACAUCCCCGAGAAGCCCAAAACCCCCCAGCAGCUGUGGUAUACCCAUGAGAAGAAGGUGUACCUCAAAGUGCGGCCAGAUGCCACUACGAAGGAGGUGAAGGACUCCCUGGGGAAGCAGUGGUCUCAGCUCUCGGACAAAAAGAGGCUGAAAUGGAUUCAUAAGGCCCUGGAGCAGCGGAAGGAGUACGAGGAGAUUAUGCGUGACUAUAUCCAGAAGCACCCUGAGCUGAACAUCAGUGAGGAGGGCAUCACCAAGUCCACCCUCACCAAGGCCGAACGCCAGCUCAAAGACAAGUUUGAUGGGCGACCCACCAAGCCACCUCCGAACAGCUACUCGCUGUACUGCGCAGAGCUGAUGGCCAACAUGAAGGAUGUGCCCAGCACAGAGCGCAUGGUGCUAUGCAGCCAGCAGUGGAAGCUGCUCUCCCAGAAGGAGAAGGAUGCCUACCACAAGAAGUGUGACCAGAAAAAGAAAGAUUAUGAGGUGGAGCUGCUCCGUUUUCUAGAGAGCCUGCCCGAAGAGGAGCAGCAGCGGGUCCUGGGGGAGGAGAAGAUGUUGAACAUCAACAAGAAGCAAGCUACAAGCCCGGCCUCCAAGAAGCCCUCCCAGGAAGGGGGCAAGGGUGGCUCGGAGAAACCCAAGCGGCCUGUGUCGGCCAUGUUCAUUUUUUCUGAGGAGAAGCGGCGGCAGCUGCAGGAGGAACGGCCUGAGCUGUCUGAGAGUGAGCUAACCCGCCUGCUGGCCCGCAUGUGGAACGACCUGUCAGAGAAGAAGAAGGCCAAGUACAAGGCCCGGGAGGCGGCCCUGAAGGCGCAGUCGGAGAGGAAGCCGGUUGGGGAGCGCGAGGAACGGGGCAAGCUACCCGAGUCGCCUAAGAGAGCAGAGGAGAUUUGGCAGCAGAGCGUUAUCGGCGACUACCUGGCCCGCUUCAAGAAUGACCGGGUGAAGGCCUUGAAGGCCAUGGAGAUGACCUGGAACAACAUGGAAAAGAAAGAGAAGUUGAUGUGGAUUAAGAAGGCAGCUGAAGACCAAAAGAGAUAUGAGAGGGAGCUGAGCGAGAUGCGGGCCCCUCCAGCUGCUGCAAACUCUUCCAAGAAGAUGAAGUUCCAGGGAGAACCCAAGAAGCCUCCCAUGAAUGGUUACCAGAAGUUCUCCCAGGAGCUGCUGUCCAACGGGGAGCUGAAUCACCUGCCACUGAAGGAGCGCAUGGUGGAGAUCGGCAGCCGCUGGCAGCGCAUCUCCCAGAGCCAGAAGGAGCACUACAAGAAGCUGGCUGAGGAGCAGCAGAAGCAGUACAAGGUGCACCUGGAUCUCUGGGUAAAGAGCCUGUCUCCCCAGGACCGUGCAGCAUACAAAGAGUACAUCUCCAAUAAACGUAAGAGCAUGACCAAGCUGCGAGGCCCGAACCCCAAGUCCAGCCGGGCUACCCUGCAGUCCAAGUCGGAGUCGGAAGAGGAUGACGAGGAGGAUGAGGAUGACGAGGAUGAAGAUGAAGAAGAGGAAGAUGAUGAGAAUGGGGAUUCCUCAGAAGAUGGCGGGGAUUCCUCCGAGUCGAGCAGCGAGGAUGAGAGCGAGGACGGGGAUGAGAAUGAGGAGGAUGACGAGGACGAGGAUGACGACGAGGAUGAGGAUGAGGAUGAGGACAACGAGUCUGAGGGCAGCAGCUCUAGCUCCUCCUCUUCUGGGGACUCCUCGGACUCUGACUCCAACUGAGGCCUGGCCCCACCCCAGGGCUGCCAGGGAGAGGACAAGCCUCCCGUGAGAGCCCAGGGGCUCCCCUCCCCAGCUGACCACCUCUGUUUCUCCCCCAUGUUCUGUCCCCUGCCCCCGGCCUCCUCCACUUUCUUUCUUUUUUUCUUUUUUUUUUUUUUAAAAACAAAAUAUGGUUGGGGGAGGGGGGCUGGAGGAGCCCAGGCCAGGACUCUGCGGCCUCAGAGACAUCAGCCCUGGGGCCUCCAGGGAGAGCAACCAUCAGACUGAGCCAGCACGGGACGGCGGCCCACCCCUCUGCAGAGCCCACUGCACUUGCGGUUCUGGCAUGGACAAUGGACCAGGGAGCGGGGGUGGGGGUCCCAAAGAGUUCAGUGAGGCCCUCCGCACCUGCAGCCCAACCCAAGGCGGGACGGGUGGAAGCUGGGGGAGGACCCCUUCCUUCCCAGAGGCUUGCCGCCCAGACCCCCAUAUUGGAACUGGAGGCAGGGAACCUGUGGGGAGAGGAGGGCAGGUGCCUUCGAGAAAAUAGGCAUUGCCCUCAUCUCUCUCUCCCCUGCCCCCUGCAGGAAGGAGCUGCCUGAACCCACUCAUGGGGGGGGAAGGGCAGAAGUGUUUUUUAUAUAUGUGUAUAUAUUUUUUUUUUUAAGCUCUGAGCUGUCAACGAGACGUUUCCUACCGAUCUCGGCUGCCGUCUCUGUUGUCAUUUCUGGGAGAGGGAGGGUUUAGGGGGUAGGUUUGGGACUUUUUUAAAAAACGGCCUUGAUGCGUGUGGAAGAGUGAGUGUGUAUGUACGCGUGGCCUGUACAUAGCAUGGGUGCGCCUGUGGAUGUUUGAGUGCACAGGUGUGUGUGUGUGUGUGUGUGUGUGUGUGAGAGAGAGAGAAUGGGGUCUGUCCUGGAGCCCACCUCAGUCUUUGUUGGUGAAUCUGGAAAAAAGAUUGGUGAUGUCGAAGGCCAGGGAGACAUUGAUCCUGGUGGGAACAGGCUGGGCUGCCCCUUUCUCCACAUCCUUUGCUUUGCCUAGUCUCUGAUUUGAUUUUGGGGGUGUGCUCAAGCCACUCUCUGAAGCUUCCUUACUGGUUUUCCCUCUGCCAGGGCCCCAUGAAUCUGAGCUGCUGCUGGUCUCUAUCCUCCAGUAGGAGGUAGGGAAAGGGACAGAUGGUGCGAAACUUAAAAGUGAUUCUUGGGUGGAAGAGGCCUCCCCCAGCACAUCUGAGGGAUCAGUCUGGUCACCCUAGACUCAGAAUCUGGGCUUGAAGAAUGUGCUGGAAGCUCUUAACUUACACAUCCGUCUUGCCUUCCCCAUAUCCUCAGCUUCCUCCCCCCCAUUUCCUUUGAUUUCUCAGGUCUUCCCCCUACCCCCAACCCACAGCUGGGAAAGAGGUGUGCAAAAGCUGCUUCUGCAGCUGUCCCUCUCCUUUCCCAGCCAUCCCAAAGUUCUUGGUGCCCUGAUUCCUUGAAUCUUAAUAAGCCAAGCCACUUUGUCUCUGUGGGUUUAAUUUUUUUGUUUUGACUAAACUUUUUUUUUUAACAACCAUGUCAGUGACCUAUUUGGGGCUUUUUGCUCCACCCCCCCCCCCCAUGAAAGCCAAGGGAUGGAGCAAGAGUGGGAACUCUGGGGAGAGUGGGGUGGUGAAGGUGAGGGGCCCAGUUCCCAUAGCGGCUGGUAGGUUCCUCUCCCAAGGGUAGCCAGAGACAAUCUCUGCUUCAUCUCAGAAUGUGGUGCUGGGGUAGGGGGCAGCUAAGGAGGGACACUUCCCACUCCCCUUUGUCCUGAUCCUGGAAUCAGGCACAGGGGUCUGUAGGCUCUAUUUCUUCCUGCAAACCCCUCAAGGAACCCAGUUUCCCUGGUUGAAUGCCCCUGUGCCGUUGUGCUUUAGUGAAAUGUGUUUUCAUUUAGAAACAACUUUUAACGGCGCUUUUUUUUUUCCUGUUUUAAAAAUUGAAAAAUUCUUACAGUACAAACAGGGCUGUGGGGGUGGGGGUGUUGGUGCUGUAAGAGGUCACUCUGAGUGCAUUUUGGCACUGGGAUGGGAUGGCUGGGGUGAGAGGACCCCCCCUCCUCCCUUUUUUUUCUAAUAUUUAAAGAAGUGUUUUGUAGGUUUCAACAACAACCACAACUUGAAUUUGUAUCUUGGGAGGUGGGAGGGAGUGGCUUAGAGGUGUCUACCUGAGCUCAAGGCCAACAUGGAAGUUUUGUUUCCCCUUUUUUGUACAAUAAAGUGAAAAACAAAAGGUUUG